CGACCCUGGUGAAAAAGGAAGAAUAAUGUGAUAAGACCAUGGCAGGCGUCGAUUAUCGGUUCCUGGUCUUCUGCACCAAUCAUUCGGAUUUCUUCUCCAUGAUCCGAAUGAAGUCCAGUUUUGACAUUUUGUGGGUGGCUUUGCAGCUUCUUGCCGCCUCCAAGAAGACAAAUGUUACACGAAAAAAAAAAGAAGCAAGUCGCGCCAGAAGCUUUGACCCCAAGAAAAGCCCGGCAGACACAAGUCUCCUAUGAGAUGGAGGGGUCUCAAUUGAAGAAUUUUCUUGCUGUAAGGAAAUGUGACGGCGGUUUGCCAGUUUCCAUCUCAUGUCAGAAGAAGAGAGAAUAUGGAUUUGGCAUCAAAAUAUGUUAGAGAAGCAGCAGAAGUGAAUGAUAUUUGAAGGGGUUAUUUUCGGUGGUUCAACUUCAACAUUCUUGGCAUUGUUGAGCACGUUAAAGGCGAAGCGAUUCCUACUGGUUGCCUCCAAGAUUGAUACACCCCUGCUAAGGUUACUGCGCGUGCUUGAACUAGUUUUGGGUGCCUAAACUCUUCAUCAGUUUCCAGUCUUGCUGUUUUAGCUUUUGGAUGAAUUGACUUGGGAAAAUGAUAUGCCAAGGGAGGAUUUGCCUUUGUUUUUUACAAAAGAAUUAGCUGCAGAAGUUUCAUCAAUGAGUGAUUCUAAGCUGCCAUUAACAACUUAUGGAGGAUGAAUUCAAUUUCUACUUCUUGGUUUUUUUAGAAAUGAGAUUGUCAUCCUGAUUGUUGGUGCCUUCCAAGGUGGGAAAUGGACAUUCAUGAGAAUGAGGAGGGCAAUAUGCUUGCAUCACUGACCUCAGCAUUAAGUAUUGCUGUUGCUGUUAAUGGAAGCAGGAACAGCAAGUGUGCCCUCAGUUGGGCACUGGAGAAGUUCAUCCCCGAGGGAAGAACUUCUUUCAAGCUCUUGUUUGUGCGUCCAAAAAUUACGGCAGUCCCUACAGCAAUGGGAAACUUCAUUCCUGUUUCUAAUGUUCGAGAAGAUAUAGUUGCUGCAUAUAAAAAGGAAAUAGAAUGGGAGACAAGCUCAAAGCUUCAUCCUUUCAAGCAAAUGUGUGCUCAAAGACAGGUAGCAGUAGAGAUCAGUGUGCUUGAAGCAGAGGAUGUAGCACAGGCAAUAUCAGAAGAAAUUGCUAAAUCUGAAAUCCAUGCACUUGUUAUUGGAUCAUCAUCUAGAAGCAUAAUUUCUAGGAAAUUUGGACGACAUGAUGUGUCCAAAAGAAUCUCUGGCUGUAUUCCAAACUUUUGUACCGUCUAUGUUAUUUCAAAAGGUAAACUAUUGCACAUCCAUCCAGCAAAUUCGGGGAAGAACAAGAGCUCAGUAGAACUGAAGAAUGAUGGUUUCAGCACAAAGACAGAAUGGAGUGGUGCGGGCUUGUCUUGUGAGGACUUGUCUUGUGAGGAUCUGGCAUCAUAUUCUCCUUCUCUUUUGGAUCAGUGUGAUCGGACUUUUUCAACAUUAAACUGCAUUGUUGCCAACAGAAAGCUAUGUUCAGUCGAUGUUGACCACUCCAGGGGUCCAUCACUGGUCAACAGUGAGGGUUUUAUUUCCUCCAGUUCUGGACAUGCAGACUUAAGUUGUCAUGUUGGAACCUCAGCUAGUGAGAGCUUCCUUACAGAGAGUGAGUCUUGGAUUUUUGAUCAGACAUCUGAAUCAGAUGGUCAAACAGAUGUGUCCUCUACUGCACAGUUGGAUCUUAAUCUUGAGUUAGAGAAACUGAGAAUUGAGCUCCGUCAUGCCCAAAGUUUGUUUUCUGUGGCUCAAGAGGAGGUAGCAGAUGCUUCUCAGAAGGUGACCGAUCUUCACAUUCACAAGAUGAACGAAGCAAAUAAGUUCAAAGAGAUAAGAUAUCAGGAAAAAAUAGCAAUAGAAAAUGCACUAUGUGAGAGGAAGAAGCGUGAAGCUGCUGAAGCAGAGGCUAAAUUUGCAAAGCAAAGUGCAAAGAAUGAGCUAUUGUGGAGAAGAGCAGCUGAGAUUGUGGCUGCUAAUGAAAUGAAACAGAAGCAUGUGCUGGAAAAGACCCUCGAGAAAGUGGAUCAGACAUACAAGAAAUUUUCAUGGAAAGAGAUAGUAUCUGCUAGCUCUUCAUUCUCUGAUUCAAUUCGAAUUGGAUCAGGCGCAUAUGGAACUGUAUACAAGUGCAAAUUUCAUCAUACCACGGCAGCUGUUAAGGUCCUUCAAUUAGAUGAAGGACACAAGACCAAGCAAUUCCAGCGAGAGCUUGAGAUUUUGAGCAGAAUCCGCCAUCCCCAUUUGUUGCUGCUUCUUGGUGCAUGCCCUGAACAUGGUUGUUUGGUUUAUGAGUACAUGGAAAAUGGUAGUUUGGAUGACAGGUUGUUCAGAAAGAACAAUACACCACCACUCUGUUGGUCCGAUCGCUUCCGAAUAGCUUGGGAGAUAGCUUCAGCGCUGCUUUUUCUGCACACCUCAAAGCCAAAGCCGAUAGUCCAUCGUGAUCUGAAACCUGCAAAUAUCUUGCUUGACCAUAAUUUUGUAAGCAAGAUUGGUGAUGUUGGUCUUUGUACUUUACUACCUACGGAUCAUGCUACUACGGUAUUCAACAACACAGCUCUUGCUGGCACAUUAUGUUAUAUUGAUCCUGAGUAUCAAAGGACUGGCUUAGUGUCUCCAAAGUCAGACAUAUAUGCAUUUGGUAUGAUCAUCCUGCAACUGCUGACUGCUAAACCUCCAAUGGCUCUUGCCCACUUGGUAGAAACAGCAUUACUGGAAGGUAAACUCCAAGAGAUCUUGGAUGGUUCAGCCGGUGAAUGGCCUCUUAAAGAAACACAAGAAUUAGCAGCUUUGGGUUUGAGCUGUGUGGAGUUAAGGCGCUCUGAUAGGUCAGAUCUAAAGGAUGAUAUUCUCCCAAUUCUUGAGAGAUUAAAGGACAUACCAAAAUUUGUACAGGAUUCUAUGGGUGAAAUCCAAAAAUCAUCUCCAAGCCACUUCCUUUGCCCAAUACUUAAGGAAGUGAUGCAAGACCCUUGUAUUGCAGCAGAUGGCUAUACGUAUGAGCGAAGAGCGAUAGAAAGAUGGCUGAGAACUAAUGAUAAGUCACCAAUGUCUAAUCUACCAUUUCCCAGUAAAGCCCUUCUCCCUAAUUACACUCUUCUGGCAGCAAUUGCCGAGUGGAGAUCCAAGAAUCCGUGAGUCUCACUAUAUGCUUUAGUGGCUUGCUUCUUUUCCUGCUGUUAUUGAGCGGAGAUCGUGGUUUUCUGCUGCGACUGUCUGCAAGGAUCUCAACAACUCGAAGAUGUGCUGGUUUCCUUUUCAAAUGUUGGUAGCUUUCUUAGAAUUAGGAGGGCCAUGAUCGUUUUCAGCUUUCAGACCUGCCAGUAAGUGAAGAGGAAAAGUUGGGUGUGUCAUCACUUCAGCCUAUUCUUCGAUCCAUCUCCAUGUAAAUCCCUGUUCCUGUUGACUCAGGUUGAGUCUCAUGUAUCUCUCAUCCAAUCAUUAAUUAUUUUUAAGGUUUCUUUUUCUUCUUUGAAGGUCGGGUAGCAUGGGUUGUAUAUGUAAUAUACUGGGGUCUCAGCGUUCUUUGGUCGUGUAAAUUGUUGUCGCUAACUUAUGUAAAGUUAAUGAAGUUAAAUCUUAGUUGAAAACUGACGAACCAACUUCACCAUUCCUUUUCAA